AUGCCACCGGGUCAAGCCAUCAGCGCGGUACCGAGAGGCGUAACUGCGCUGGCGGCUCUGUGGGUCACUGUGGGUCGGUGUCUGAGCGAGUCUUCGUGGAAAACCUGUGAUAAUGGAAAAGUUUUGCUGGAUGCAGACCUCCCCAAAGACGCAGCGCACAGGGAUUGCCCUACUCCUCUAUGGCCACAAUCUCAGAGAGUUUACAGUGUUGAGACACCAUACAAUCCGGAGCCUGCCAAAGUGAAGUGCAUGGAUGAAUGCAUCUCCUACAAUCAGACUAUUCCUAACAGUGGUGCAUUCAGACCAGUGAGUGCAGAGAGUGGGGAGUAUCUCUACUGCCCUCCACAGAGAUGGGUCAACAACUUGCAUAAUGGAGCCACAGUGUUACUUUACCACCCCUGCUCCUCUCUCCAUGAGCGUCGGCUUCUGUCCGCGUUGGCUCAGUCCUGCAUCAACAUUUUCAUCCUCACACCCCACAAGAACCUGGACGCCAACAGGCCCAUAGCCCUGGUGUCAUGGGGUCGGGCUUUGGAGAUUUCCACUGUGGUGUCUUCAGAAAUAUGUGACUGGCUCGAAAGAACACUAUUGACCAAACCUAAAGCGGUAGAGCGGAUAUAUGAAAACCAAUACAACUUUCUGUUGAUCAAAGCAAAGAACCAGAAGAGGCUCCAAGAAAACAAGGGGUUUCUGAAGCAGUGCUGUGAGCGGGCCAUCUCACACUUGCCAGAAAAAAUGAAGACACAGCUGCAUUCAAGCUUCAGAAAGGCAGCUGAUGGUGGAGACUGUCAGUGCAAACCAAACCAAGUAUGUGAAUGCAUUAAAGGAGCAGCAGACCAGAGCCACAGGGCAGAGGUGGUUUUUCAGAGUACUCCCAGGACAGAUGAGGCUGUGUGGGCCGCAGGAGCGCUGGGCUUCAUCCUGGUGCUGCUCACACUCUCCAUCCUCCACACACGGCUCUACAGACACUGGAGGAGAGGCAACAGCUUGUACUGGCACGAUCCACAACAAGACUACGACAGUGUGGCAGAUGUGAUCCGUCGUAGACUGCGUCUGGCCAAAGGGAGGCGCAAGAGAGGCAGAAAAAAGUGUGUCGUUUUACUGCCCAGCUCGUCCAGUUCAGAAGAAUAUCCAUAG